AUGUUGUCUCGAUACGACGCGACGGCUGGUCCAUUCCUCGUAGGCUUGUGCCUGAGUAUGGUUUUAUACGGUUCGCUUGUUGUCCAGGGCUUCAUGUAUUAUCAAACAUCCAAGAAGGACCAAGCAUGGAUCCGAUGGACGGUACUCUACUUGGUUGCAAUGGAGACCGCCAUUACAGGAUAUGAUAUACACCAGAAGUAUAUCGACGAUGCCCAUACGUUUGCCUUGGCUUCUGAUCGCGGCAUGCCUGUCCCCAAUGGCCCGAUGACUGCAUUGAGUACCAUGAUGUCCGUCAACGCUAUUCUAACGGUGCUAGUUUCCACCCCGGUGCAAUUAUUCUUUGCAUGGAGGAUUAAAGUCCUAGGCGGUCCGAAACUCAUGCUGGCCAUUAUUGCUUUCGCCGCAUUUGGUUCUCUCGCCGGUGGGAUCUCAACCGGCAUCUUAGUGCCUCGAGGAGACGAAGCAGAGGCCAGGAUGGCCAUUGGUUGGCGUUCCGUCGCAGCUUCUUUUGCUCCGUCCAUUACUUGGCUGGUCAUGUCCGCGAUCGCGGAUUUAUCCAUCACGGGCUGCUUGGUGUAUACACUCACACAACAAACCAGGAGGAAUAGCUUCCAAGCUACCGACGACCUAGUCACAAAGAUCAUGCGCUUCGCCAUUGAAACGGGGUUGCUCACCACAUUAUGCACGUUAGCGGAAGCCAUCUUGUUCUAUGUCUCUUAUCGCACCUUUGCCUCUUUUUAUUUCAUCCCCGACUUCAUUCUGUCGAAGGUCUAUGCCAACUCACUCCUCGCCACUCUGAAUGUGCGGGCUAAAUGGAAGGAUGAAGCAACGGUUGCGCCUAUGUCUUUCAACGCGGCCAGCAACUCGAAUGGCAGUACGCUGGGCACUAGACCGGUCACGGCGACGUCUGAAAAAUCUGCCGUGAAAAAGGAUGGCGCUGUAUUUGUCCUAAGUUCCACAGCGCCUGCGUCGACCGAGUCGGUGUAA